AUGCUUCUUUUUUUUUCUUUCUUCUUCUUCUUCUUCUUCUUCACCUUUCUCCUAUAUUGCUUUCUUGUUGUUCUUCUUUCUUCCUCCUCUUCCUUCCUCCUCUUCUCUUAUUUAACACCUUUUUUCAUCCAGCUUCCAUUAAUAUUGCUUUCCUCCCUAUUUCCUUCUCUUUCUUUUCCUUUGCCUCCUCCUACUUAUACUUAUUUUCUUUCUUCCCCUACGGCUUUUCCUCUCUUUCUUCUUGCUCAUUCCUUUAUUCUUCCUCUUCUCUUGAUAAUUAUGUUUUGCCCCCCUUUCAUUGUAUUCCUCCUCCUACUACUACUUCUUCGCUUCCACACUUCUUCUUCUUCUUCUUCUUUCGCGUUUUACCUUCUCUACUCGCUCUUUCCUUCAUUCUUCUUCUGCUUAUUAUUAUUUUCCGUGUCCUUCUUCUUCUUCUUCUUCUUCUUCACCUUUCACCUAGCUUUCAUUAUAUUGCCUCCUCCUCCUUCUUCCUCCCUUCCAUCUUCUUCUUCUUCUUCUCCUCGUCCUCUUCUUCAACUUUCACCAAUCUAUCAUAAAGUUACCUUCUUUCUUUCUUUCUUUCUUUCAUUCUUUCUUUCUUUCUUUCUUUCUUUACGUCUUUUUCUUCUCUAUGGUUCUUCUUCUCUUCUUGCUUAUUAUUGCAUAUUUUUCCAGUCUCAAUCUUUUUCUUCUUCUUCUCGUUUACGACGAAUUUUUUUCUUUAGGUAA